AUGUUACAUUUACAAAUUCCAUAUGAUCAUUCUGUUGCAUUUGAUCAUUUGUUUGAGGCUAGCAUUUUUUCCAAAGAUGAAAUUUUGAAGGAAUUUAGAUUAGAAAAUAUUCAGGAAUCAGUUAAUGAUUUGGAUGAUUUAAUUGAUAACACUACAGUUAAUGAUUUGGAUGAUUUAAUUGAUAACACUCAUUCUAUAUCUAUAAUGAUAAAUAAGUCUUCAAGUUUAAAUCAAGAUUCAAAUAUAGAAACACAAAGUAACUUAGUUAAUGAUAGUGAUAAUCACAAAAACCAAGAUACUAUAACAAAGAUUGGUUACACUUACCUUUUAGAA